AUGUCUCUUAUAGAAGGUCUUCUCCAGACAUCAAGCACAGUGACAUUGCUGGGGGCUGUGCUGUUUCUCCUUGUCCUCUACCGCCGUUCUUCUGGUUCCAGCGCUGAGGAACAGGGGAAGGAGCCUCCAGGACCCAGGCCGCUGCCCCUGCUUGGCAACAUGCUCCAGCUGGAUCUCAAGGAGCCCUAUCACACUCUCUGUGAGUUCGCCAAUAAAUAUGGCUCCAUCUUCACGGUUCACUUUGGACCCAAGAAAGUGGUUGUUCUGGCAGGAUACAAGACGGUCAAGCAGGCACUGGUCAACCAGGCAGAGGACUUUGGGGACAGGGACAUCACUCCUGUGCUCAGUGAACUAAACCAUGGACAUGGGAUUCUGUUUGCCAAUGGAGACUCAUGGAAAGAGAUGAGGCGCUUUGCCCUGAUGAACCUUAGAGACUUUGGGAUGGGCGACAAAGGGAGUGAAGACAAAAUCUUAGAGGAAAUCCCUUAUCUGAUUGAAGUGUUUGAAAAACAUGACGGUAAGGCAUUUGACACCACCCAGCCUGUGAUUUAUGCCGUCUCCAACAUAAUCUCGGCCAUUGUCUAUGGCAGCAGGUUUGAAUACACUGACCCCCUAUUCACAGGCAUGGCAGAUAGGGCCAAUGAGAGUAUACACCUUGCAGGCUCCGCAUCAAUUCAGUGUACGUUUCACUGCAGUAACUCCAACCCCUCCCUCCUUUCUGUCUCAGACCGGGUCCAGGAGGAGAUCAGCAGGGUUAUAGGAAGUCGUCAGCCCUUGGUAGAGGACAGGAAGAACCUGCCCUACGCUGAUGCAGUGAUCCAUGAGACCCAUAGACUGGCCAACAUUGCACCCAUGGCCAUCCCUCACACCACCAGCCAAGACGGGACGUCUGUGAUUCCGCUACUGACGUCCGUCAUACAGGACAAUAGUGAAUGGGAGAGCCCCCACACCUUUAACCCCUCUCACUUUCUGGAUGAGCAGGGACGAUUUGUCAAGAGGGACACCUUCAUGGCCUUUCCUACAGGUCGUAGGGUGUGUCUGGGGGAGGGUCUGGCCAGGAUGGAGCUCUUCCUCUUCUUCACCUCCCUCCUGCAGCACUUUAGUUUCACUCCUCCUCCUGGAGUAACAGAGGAUGAUCUGGACCUCACACCAUCCGUGGGUCUUAUCUUAGAGCACUGCUUGUGGAGAUCCAUGGCUCUUAUGGCAGAUCUUCUCCUCCAGGCUCCCAGCACGGUGACAUUGCUGGGGGCUGUGCUGUUUCUGCUGGUCCUCUACCUCUUCUUCUCUGGUUCCAACUCUGAGGAACAGGGGAAGGAGCCUCCAGGACCCAGGCCACUGCCCCUGCUUGGUAACAUGCUCCAGCUGGAUCUCAAGGAGCCCUAUCACACUCUCUGUGAGCUUUCCAAGAAAUAUGGCUCCAUCUUCACGGUUCACUUUGGACCCAAGAAAGUGGUUGUUCUGGCAGGAUACAAGACGGUCAAGCAGGCACUGGUCAACCAGGCAGAGGACUUUGGGGACAGGGACAUCACUCCUGUGCUCAGUGAACUAAACCAUGGACAUGGGAUUCUGUUUGCCAAUGGAGACUCAUGGAAAGAGAUGAGGCGCUUUGCCCUGACGAACCUUAGAGACUUUGGGAUGGGCAACAAAGGGAGUGAAGACAAAAUCUUAGAGGAAAUCCCUUAUCUGAUUGAAGUGUUUGAAAAACAUGACGGUCAGGCAUUUGACACCACCCAGCCUGUGAUUUAUGCUGUCUCCAACAUAAUCUCGGCCAUUGUCUAUGGCAGCAGGUUUGAAUACACUGACCCCCUAUUCACAGGCAUGGCAGAUAGGGCCAAUGAGAGUAUACACCUUGCAGGCUCCGCAUCAAUUCAGAUGUACAACAUGUUUCCCAGGUUGGGCCCGUGGAUAACGAACCUGACGCGUCUGAAGAAAAAUGUUGCUGAUACGAAGAUGGAGGUGACAGAGCUGGUGAGAGGCCUGAAGGAGACUCUGAACCCUGAGAUGUGUAGAGGCUUUGUGGACUCGUUCCUCGCCCGAAAGCAGACCCUGGAGGAAUCUGGCAAUAUGGAUUCUUUCUACCAUGACAACAACCUGGUAUUUAGUGUUGCUAGCCUGUUUUCUGCUGGUACCGACACCACCGGGACAACCCUGCGCUGGGGUCUGCUGCUAAUGGCCAAGUACCCUCACAUACAGGACCGGGUCCAGGAGGAGAUCAGCAGGGUUAUAGGAAGUCGUCAGCCCUUGGUAGAGGACAGGAAGAACCUGCCCUACACUGAUGCAGUGAUCCAUGAGAUCCAGAGACUGGCCAAUAUUGUACCCAUGUCCAUCCCUCACGCCACCAGCCGAGACGUCACCUUCCAGGGAUAUUUCAUCAAGAAGGGGACGUCUGUGAUUCCUUUAUUGACGUCCGUCCUACAUGACGAUAGCGAAUGGGAGAGCCCCCACUGCUUUAACCCCUCCCACUUUCUGGAUGAGCAGGGACGAUUCGUCAAGAGGGACGCCUUCAUGGCCUUUUCUGCAGGUCGUAGGGUGUGUCUGGGGGAGGGUCUGGCCAGGAUGGAGCUCUUCCUCUUCUUCACCUCCCUCCUGCAGCACUUUAGUUUCUCUCCUCCUCCUGGAGUAACAGAGGAUGAUCUGGACCUCACACCAUCCGUGGGGUUCACCCUCAAUCCUUCACCUCACCAGCUCUGUGCUGUGAGCCGGGUCUGAGAAGCA